GUUGCGCUGAUCUCAAGGUUCACGUGCAGGCCCUGGAGGACCGGCUCACCGUGCUGGAAAAUCACGAACAUGAGGAGGCCCAUGACCACCACGCUGCACUGUUCGCUGUCUCCUACUCGGAAGGUGAUAAUAUCACCAUGACGGGCGUCCCCUUCGUGUUUGACCAGGUUAUUCUGAACCGAGAGGAAGGCUACAACAGCACCACUGGAAUCUUCACCUGCCCCAUCCAAGGCGUCUACUCCUUCGUCUACUCCUCGUUCCCAGGCAAAGGGAUAGCGACCUCCGUCACCCUCAUGAAGAACAACGUCGAGGUCAGCUCCAUCUACAGCAACCUGCCGGAGGGCAGCACUCAGUUUUCUGAACGCACCGACCUGAUUUUCCUGGAGAAGGGGGACAAUGUGAGCGUGCAGCUCAAAAAAGGGGCCGUGCUGAGGCAGGCAGCCUCCCUGAACUUCCACGGAUACCGGGUCUCUGAUUAAUCCCUCCCCUCCCCUCCCCGAGGUGUAGCCCCCGCACACCCCUGCCCCUUUCCCCCCUCCAUUCUUCCCUUCACUCCCCCCCCCUCUUGCCUUGUGAGCUUCACUGUCGCCUGAGGUGGUCGGGUUUGCUCUGGGAGUAUCAGGCUCUGCCGGCGUGCGUGGGCCCGGGAAUGUUCGCUCGUGUUUCCCUGCUUCACGAAUAAAGGAAAGCUGCAUCGCA